GUGACCAUUAUUGUAAAACGUGAUAUUCUGCUGCAGAUACCAAUGUCGCAUCAGAGAAGCAGAACAAGUGAUAGAGAGUGAGUGAGAGAGAAGGAAACGAUGAGUUUCGCUGGAAGCAAGAGCUGUAUUUUCUCCCUUACGAAUCACUACAAAGAAAAUGAUAAAUCUUUCCGGCUCAAUUCGAUUAACAAACCAUCGAUUGAUCCAAAAAGAUUCCCGAGAAAUCUGGGAGUUUCCUGCAAAAUCUCAGGGAGUAAUGGAGCUGAGGAGAACCCAGGAACGAAUGGGGUUUCUCUCAGCUCCAAGAACAAGAUGGAAGAUUACAAUACAGCUAUGAAGAGACUAAUGAGGAGCCCAUAUGAAUAUCAUCAUGAUCUCGGCAUGAACUAUACAUUGAUAAGAGACGAACUGAUCGUUGGGUCACAGCCACAGAAGCCUGAGGAUAUAGACCACUUGAAGAAAGAAGAGAACGUUGCUUACAUACUCAACUUGCAACAAGACAAGGACGUUGAGUAUUGGGGAAUCGAUCUUGACUCCAUUGUCAAAAGAUGUAAAGAGCUUGGAAUCCGUCACAUGAGAAGGCCUGCUAAAGACUUUGAUCCACUCUCGUUGAGAAGCCAGCUUCCGAAAGCUGUGUCUUCUUUGGAAUGGGCGGUGUCGGAAGGUAAAGGAAGAGUUUACGUGCAUUGUACAGCUGGAUUGGGAAGAGCUCCUGCGGUUUCUAUUGCUUAUAUGUAUUGGUUCUGUGGCAUGAACCUGAACACGGCUUAUGACGCAUUUGUGUCAAAGCGUCCAUGUGGGCCUAACAAAGGAGCUAUACGUGGGGCUACAUAUGAUCUGGCCAAGAAUGAUCCGUGGAAAGAGCCAUUUGAGAAUCUCCCUGAGAACGCAUUUGAGGAUAUUGCAGAUUGGGAGAGGAAAUUGAUUCAAGAACGUGUUAGGGCCAACCGUGGAACCUGAAGAUCUGUAGAGCUUAUGUAUGGCUUCGGAAUAAAAAAAAUCUACUUUUUGUAUAUUGUAAAGCUACUUAUGACUACAAAACCCCUGUGGUUGUUUUCUUCUCAACGUUUACAAAGCAUGAGGCAUUGGUCUCAAGACUUUGCACUAAAUGUUCUUAAGUUUACCAAAAUUCACACGUUAUUCUGGAUUUUAAAGAAGUAUUUUAUAGUAAUCAUAACACUUUUUCAACAAAAUUAGUGAUGGGAUAUUGGGAGAAUUUACAUAUAGCAGACAUUGGCUCAUGUAAAUAAGUGUUCUAUUUCUGACUUAUGAAUUAGUCUGGGGUUUCUAUAUUCUUGGCCUAUGGACCCAUGCUAUAUAUGCUUUUUGGGCCAACGACCACAUACAAACUUGGUUUCAGAAUCUAUCAAUGUAAAUAUGUCUGCUUUCUAAAUUCUACGCUCAAAAAGUCGUAUUUUAACUAUAUCUUGAGCAAGAACAACCAUAAAGUCAAAUAACUUUAUCAAAAAGUCCAUAAAGUCAACAAAAUUCCACCGCAAUAUACAAUAAAAGAGAUUCGUGUUAUCUGCAACCAAAGUUCAAAUUUGGCUGAGCUAAUGAAGGAGACAAAAGCUGCAUGUUCACACACACGUUAUGACGUUAAUAGUAUGUGUCACAAUGUCAGUGCAUGUCAGCAUGUAUAUGUGUACUUGAUGCGUGUGACGGUGAGAGUGUGAUCGUGUGGGGGAGGCUUGGGGAACAAGAAGAAGUACGCGGUCAAAAGUGCCGGUGCUUCGGCCUUUAAUGGUAGUAGUUGGAUUCUCCAUUCAUGAAAUAAAGUGCAUGAUUAUCUCCUUUCAAUUUGUUUUUAUUUAAUAUUUGUUGCAUUGAUUUAAAUGGACAGAUAUAGUUUUGAAGACCUUUACUACUAUUGUUUUUACUCAUAUGAAAAUGACUGUAUAGUUGAUAAUCCCAUACGACAAAAUAUACGGUCCCACAUUCUUGUUAAUAUUAUAACCGGUGGUGAAACUCGUGAAUGUUAUUCAAACUUUCAAUAUAAAACAUGCACUAUAAAAACAUCGUUAACGUAAAUUUAAAAUAUUUAUGAGCUUGUAUGUAUUCCUAGAUUUUUUUUUGUCGUGUAUUAACUAUUUUAAAUUGUUAACCAAAUCAUUUAUUGUAUGCUUAAUUCAGCUAUUAUACCUUUAUUUAUAAUUUUAAAAAGGAUAAAACUCAAAAUAAACAAAUAAUAAUAAAAUGAUAUUUUAGUUGGACCGUAAACUCGAAAGGGACUGCUUCAUCUUUCAACUCUUCUUGUCGAGUCCCCGACACUUGCCGCGUAAGUUUUCCAACUCUCAUUGACUUUUCUCUGCUCAAACACUCUGUCUAUAUAUGCGCUAAACACUCUCUUUGAUCUUUCACCCACUUCAUAUCUCAAACAAAGCAGACUCGUUACAAUAACAACAAAAUCUCUUUCACCCACAACAAUUUUUUUGUAAAAAUGGUAAAAAGCUGCAGAUCUUUGCUAUUGAUUCUCCUCCUCAUCUCGGUCUCUCUAUCGACCGCAAGAAUCUUACCAGGAGAGUUUCUUCCGGUCAUCGUAUCCGGAGAGAUAACUCCUGAUACCAAGGCGGUGGUGGGCUGCGGAGGCGAGGCGAUGGAGAUAAAAACAGAAUAUUCUUUUAUGCCUAAAGUAUUCACCGGAAAGUUUGGCUCGUUGGUGUUGAAUGCUCUUCCCAAAGGUGGCCGUCCAGCGUCUGGGCCCAGCAAGAAAAGUCAUGACGUCAAGACUUAAUUCGAUGAUGUUCUUUGUCUGAUCUUGUUGAUUUUUCCUGUCCGAAUUAUUCUUUUCCUAUUCUUUGACAAUACUUUUGAAUAGAAAAUCCUGUAAAUGUUAAAUUCAGAUAUUACAGUAGAGAGUUUUAGAUUUUGUCUGGUCUUUUUGAAUUGAAAUGAUCAAGAGUGUUAGAUUGUAAUCUUGUAUGGAUCUAGCAAUAUUUUUUUGAUAAAUAUUAAUCAGCUUUACAUUUCCUA